AUGGAAGAGAGGCGCCCCGACUUAUCGCGAAGGCCAGCCUCAUUCAACCCUGAAGCAGCUACCUUCAGUCCGACAGUAGCAAAAGCUGCACCGCCAGUCCGCGCUACUGAACCGACUCCGCCCGCCAGCCCGCUGCACAGGUCAGGUGUGCCGGACAAACUUGAAGUGUUUAUGCCAUUGGAUGACCUACAGGACCUCUUGCGAGGUGAGACUAAGUACAAUACAAUUCGCUUGUCGAAGACAAACCUAACAGAGCACUGCAUAGCCUUGACCCAAGAUCGACAAGACCCAACACACAACGUAGCCGCCUCCAUGGAUUCCAUCAACAUAGCAAUGCCCUAUAACCCGCCAAGUCUCUUCUCCACACAGCGCCUUGAGCCGAGCAUCAGAGUCCCAGAAGUCGACGAACUCAGCACAAACUUGGGACUGCCAGGCACGGUGAGGCGCAACAAGACUGACGAGGACGACUUGCUACUCUACGGCCAAAGUCCUCGCAGUUUCAAAGGCUAUGCUAAAGAUAGUCUCCAUGGUAAGCUUAUAGGGAGAGCACUAGAUAAGCCGUUAACGGCUAACACCCUAGCCCAAUAUCUCAACGGCCAAACUGACCCGGACUACCCAGCCGCGGCAGCACUUGGAAAUCUGCACGACGGCUUUGCCACGCCUCUAGAGCGGGAGCCGGGAGAAGACCCGCCCAGAAGAAUCGUGCAGCCGCCUCCAGGCUUUGGCGGAGAGCGCCCCCGCGAAAUCCGUGUCGAGGACCGCAGCGCUGCCUCCUUCGCUAUCUUGGAGUCGCCGUUUGUACCUACGGGUCCCGCCGCGCUUGGCCGCCUCCGACGCUUCAGCGAUCUCCAGUCUGCGAACCCACUCCCGCAGUACCAGGUCCCACAAUAUGACCGCACACGUCGCCCGUCUAUCAAGAGGCAUGCGCGCCCGCGAGCGCCCACGCGCACCAGACGCACCGAUCAAGGCCCAGAGCCCUCAGCCGCAGAUAUCUACCCCGACGACGCACUCUGGAUGUCUCCUCGGAGGGCUCCGUACACUCCAGAGCCCAUGGGCGCGUUUCCCGCAUACGCACCUAGUGCCGUGCGCGUCCCGGCUUUCAGCAUAGCACAAGACACGACGUCGUGGCCCACGCCCGCAGAAGUGUACGCGCAAAAGACCAAGCAAAGUCCCCCUCAGCCCAGCGCUUUUACCCAAACCACGACUACUACUACUACUUCUACGACUGAUGCGCCGUUUGACCUCUUCGCCAACCAUUCCUACCCAUCUACAGCCGACAUUCUGGAUGCCGAUGCCGACGUCGAGGUCUUGAUAUGCAUGAUUCCAGAUCUCUUUGAUCUCGGUCUGCAUGGUGCGCUGCCUGACGAGCGUCCACUGACGCUGGGUCACGCCGACGGAACGAGAUAUGGAGUGGGGCUUCACGGCAUCGGACUGGGAGAUGCUUGGAGGGGUCCUGAUCUAGGCAGGAGCGAUGCGUCCAAGGCUCGGUGGUGA